UGGAAGCUUGGCAAUUCUAUAGUUGUCAGCUUUGUUUUGUUUUGAAGAAUAACCAGAUCACAGACAGAACGAAGAGGAGAGGUCAGUGGUAGGGAGACUAGUCCAUGGCUGACUGCCACAGCCCUGAAAAAGGAUGAGUGUUUUUCAGGUGUUCCCCAACUCCCUGGGGAGCACACAGCCACAAGUCCACUCCCCAGUCUCACCACAGAGCAACCAGAGAGACUAACGCUCCCCCUACCCAUCUCUCCCCACAGGCUACAGAACUUCCACAUCCAUAUCAGUUGACAAAGCCCUUUGGAAAUCAUGAUUUUUUUCCGCUAUCAGAUGUUCAGAUUCAUUUGGCUUGCCAGGCCAACUGGCCGGUACCUUCACAAAGAUCACCAGCUUUGGGCACCUCUGACUCUUGCUGACUUUGAAGCCAUAAAUCGCUGUGAGAGAUCAUUGCCUAAAAACUUUAACUUUGCUGGGGAUGUGCUGGACCAGUGGUCCCAAAAAGAAAAGACAGGAGAGAGACCAGCCAACCCAGCCCUAUGGUGGGUGAAUGGCAAAGGGGCUGAGGUGAAAUGGAGCUUUGAAGAACUGGGCUCCUUGUCCCGAAAAGCUGCCAACGUGCUCAUCAAGCCCUGUGGCCUAAAGAGAGGAGACCGAGUGGCUGUGAUUCUGCCCCGUAUCCCAGAGUGGUGGCUUAUAAACGUGGCUUGUAUGCGAACAGGGCUGGUCUUCAUGCCAGGAACAACCCAGCUGACAGCAAAAGACAUUCUCUAUCAGCUGCGAGCAUCCAAAGCCAAGUGUGUUGUGGUCAGUGAGGAGGUGGUCCCAGCAGUGGAGUCCAUCAUGUCAGAGUGUCCUGACUUAGCGACCAAACUCCUGGUGUCUCCACAGAGCCAGAACGGGUGGCUCAGCUUCCAGGAAUUAUUUCAAUCUGCCUCUGCAGAGCACAGCUGUGUAGAAACAGGAAGUCAAGAACCAAUGGCCAUUUAUUUCACCAGUGGGACCACAGGUGCUCCCAAGAUGGCCCAGCACUCUCAGAGCAGCCUUGGAAUUGGGUACGCCCUUUAUGGAAGGUAUUGGCUAGACCUGAAGUCCUCAGAUAUCAUAUGGAACAUGUCUGACACUGGCUGGAUCAAGGCUGCCAUUGGCAGUGUGUUUUCAUCCUGGCUUCAGGGAGCGUGUGUCUUUGUACAUCGGAUGGCCCAGUUUGACACUGACACUUUCUUAGAUACGCUCACCACUUAUCCCAUCACGACCCUGUGCAGCGCUCCCACUGUGUACCGGAUGCUUGUGCAAAAAGACCUUAAGAGAUAUAAAUUCAAGAAGCUACAGCACUGCUUGACAGGAGGGGAGCCACUCAACCCCGAGGUGCUGGAACAGUGGAAGGCACAAACUGGACUGGAACUGUAUGAGGGCUACGGACAGACAGAAGUGGGAAUAAUUUGUGCCAAUCAGAAAGGACAAGAAAUUAAACCGGGCUCAAUGGGCAAAGCAGUACAACCCUAUGAUGUCCAGAUUAUAGAUGAAAAUGGCAACGUCCUACCACCUGGCAAAGAAGGGGAAAUUGCCCUCAGACUACAGACUACACGGCCUUUCUGUUUCUUCUCUGAAUAUGUGGACAAUCCAGAGAAAACUGCUGCCACAAUAAGAGGGAAUUUUUAUGUCACUGGAGACAGAGGAGUGAUGGACAGUGAUGGGUAUUUCUGGUUUGUUGGUAGAGCUGAUGAUGUCAUCAUAUCCUCUGGGUACCGUAUUGGGCCAUUUGAAGUGGAGAGUGCACUAAUCGAGCACCCAGCAGUUGUUGAAUCAGCUGUUGUCAGUAGUCCAGAUCCAAUCAGAGGAGAGGUAGUGAAAGCUUUUGUUGUCUUAUCUGCACCCUUUAAAUCAUCCAACCCAGAGAAAUUAACUCUUGAACUUCAGGAUCAUGUGAAAAAAUCAACUGCACCUUACAAAUAUCCAAGAAAGGUGGAAUUUGUUCCAGAACUCCCAAAGACAAUCACUGGGAAAAUCAAACGCAACGUUUUGAGAGACCAUGAAUGGGGUAGAACAUAGCCUGAUAAGAGACGAUGGCAUUAAGUUGUUAAUAGGGCUGCUUUUAGUCCUUGCUUCCUAACAAUUUAGUGAUUAGUCUCUUAAAAUGCUGAAGAUUUUUCCUGGUUGAAAAACUCAAUUUUUUGUUUUGCAAUUAGCCAAAAAAUAAAUGAAAAUCUAAAAACAUUUGGGAAGAAAACUGUUAUAAUGACCAAACUGACAAAGGCAAUGCUUUUAAUGAUUUGCAAGGGUUUAAAAUAGCAAAUAAUUACUUAGAAAAGCACAGUGGACAUUGAAUUAUCUUGUGAAUGAUUAAGCCAAAAUAAAGAUUAGAACUAUUCUAAAAGUUCAAGACUGAAUUUCUUCAAGGUGCUUGGGUGGUUCAGUUGGUUGAGCAUCCAACUCCG